AUGUCUGUUCCGUACUCAGUGAUUUCGAAGUUCCCAUACACGCCGGAGGCGGAAAAUGCGUCUGAUGACCUCGCGUUCAGUGCGGGCCAGUCAAUUACCGUCACAGAGGAGGUCGACGACGAGUGGUUGUUUGGCACGUACAAAGCAGGUGGCGAGCUGUUGUCGGGCUAUUUCCCCAAGGCUUUUGUUGAGAAGGAGCCGGACACAGAGCCAAUUGAUCGCCAGCCGCAAUCCCCAGUCGAGCCGAAAAGUUCCUCAUCGGCUGGCCCUGCAGAAAUUGCCGAGACCCCUAAAAAGUCGAUAGAGAGUGUGGCUAAGCAGCCAGAAGAAUCGCCAAAGGAAUCGCCCAAGGAGUCCUUGGUGGAACAAUCGUCAGGUUCCGAUUUCAAACACAAGCUUCAAAGUUUCAACGUAACGUCUGCUCCGCCGCUGCCUGGCCAGACCGUUGCCGAUACCGACUUUACCAAAAAGCCCUUUAUUGCUGCCAGUCCUCACUCGUCUUAUGUUCCUGCUGUCGAGCGACGCGAGAGCAAGCACGAGCCAGAAAAGCCCGUGGAGGAGUCUCCUGUUGCGUCGUCUGUGGUCAAUGCUGCUGAGCCCUCAUCUCCGGAGGAGUCAGCUCCCCGUUUGACCCUAAAGGAGAGACUGAAGCUGCUGGAAGAGCGGCAGCGAGAAGAACAGGCCGCUGCAGAGGCAUUGCUCAAGCGCAAAGAGGAGAAGAAGAAGAAACGCGAGGAGAGAGAAAAGGAGAAGGAGCACGAGCUAAAGGAGGCCGUUACUGGAGACCAGAACGACGAGUCUGCUCCUGUCGAGAGCGAGCAACACCAACACACAGACGAAGAAGAGGAAGAAACAGAAAAGGUUCCCGAGGAGGAGGACGAUGACGACGAUGACGAUGACGAUGAAGAGGAUGAGGAGGAAGUCAAGAGACGGCAGCUACGUGAAAGAAUGGCCAAACUGUCUGGUGGAAUGGGAAUGGUGGGUAUGAUGGGUUUUGGCGCACCAAUGCCUGUUAAGGAAAAGACUAAGAAGAAGGAGAAACAGAAAGAGGUUGAAGAACCAGAGUCUGUUCCUAGAGCUGCUCCUAUCCCUAUUUUCCCAACUGCUACAGGCAAAUCUGUCGAGCCACAGCACGAGGAGCUAACAGAGUUAAAGGACGAAGAAACUGACGACCAGUCGAAAUACGAGCCAGAGGUGGUCGAUCUGACCAAAUCGCAGGCUGUUGACUCUGAGGAUGAGCACGAAGAGGAGCCAGCGGCCCCAAGGUCCGAACAUAAGCCGACCGCUUCCCUGCCUCCUGUUCCGGGUGUUCCUCCUGUUCCAUCUGCUCCAGCCGUUCCAGACACUCCAAAGACCCCAACAGCUCCUGCUGUUCCUGCAGUGCCGCCUGUGCCAACGAGCCACCCCUCAGCGCAGCUGACAGAGCCACUGGAGUCGGCAGACUUGUCGUCUGAGUCCGACAUCGACGAGGACUACAAGUCUGUCUCCACCGCGUCGCCCAAGACUGCACUUUCGAAUCCACCGCUGCCACACGCACCUCCCGUUCCCGUGCCAGGUGCUGUUCCGUCCGUGCCUGUUCCAACCGCUCCUCCAGUGGCUCCUGCAGCCAUGACCGAUUCCAGCGAGGAAGUCGUGACCGGGUACGAGGCUGAUGACGACACCGACAUUGCGCAGGCCGACCGAACCCUGGAAUCUCCGGCAGUGCCACACCAAGUUCCACCGCCGCUUCCUUCCCACCCUAUCACCAAGGCACCGACGACUCCUGCUUCUCCAAUGACUGCAGCUCCUCCUCCUCCACCGCCAGCUGUCAGACCUGCUCCGCCAGUUCCAACGUCGCCAAUCGCUCCAUCUGCCCCACGCACCUUGACGACCUCCACUCUCGAGCACCACAGCACCGGCCCAGUUCACCACCCACCGCCUCCUCCUCCCCCAGCAGCCGGCAUCCAGGCUGCCACCACGGGAUCAACAAUCCAUUCCGCACGCAAGCCAAGUUUGGAUCUCUCUGAGGUACAGCAUUCGUCCACCCAUUGGUGGCUCACCAAGGACCUGCCCCAAGAGCUGUCUUCGAAGGACGUGUACUACGAGGUGGACUCGCAUCACAUCAACAAGAGAAACGGCAGAAAGCUGGUGUAUUUGGACUAUUAUAUUGUGAACCCAGACUACUCAACCAGGGUUUGGGAGCUGUCUUACGACACUGCCCAUCCAGCCAAGUUGGCUUCGUUUAACGAGUCUGUGCUCGAAAAGCCUGCACUCAACCAAACAUACCUGGUCGAGGCAUCCAAGAAGUACGGCGCACUGGCUUUCCAGCUGGCGUCGUCGGUCAUUGGAACCUCAAAGGUGCAAGAGGACUUUGUCUUGUGGAUAUACAAACAGCUGCCCCACGACGUGAUGCCUUCUAUUGCUUCGAAAACGUUCGGAGCCACCAUUUACAGAAACACAAACAACGUGGACAUCCUGCAGUCGGAUCAGCUGCGUCCUGGAGACAUAUUGGUGGUGUUGAAGGGACGGUUUGAAGGCCAUUCGACCGGACCGUUCCACAAGAGCAAGUCAGCAGAGCUCGGAUUCAACGGUAGACCGUACUCUGCGAUUGUGAGCGGGUUCGAUCCUGCAAAAAGCAAAAUUAAGGUCAUUGAGCAAUCUUCCAAAGGAAUACAGACCAACUCGUACAAAUUGGGCGAGUUCAAGUCUGGCAAAAUAAGGAUUUUCAGAAUUGUGGGCAGAGAUUAUUUUGGAUGGUGA